GGGGGUGCCGGCCGCCGGCCCGGGGCUGCGGGCUCAGGUCUUCCUCUGCAACCGGCCCCUCUGGCUCAAGUUCCACCGGCAUCAGACGGAGAUGAUCAUCACCAAGCAGGGCCGGAGGAUGUUUCCUUUCCUGAGCUUUAACAUCACCGGUCUCAACCCCACGGCCCACUACAACGUCUUCGUGGAGGUGGUGCUGGCGGACCCCAACCACUGGCGCUUCCAGGGGGGCAAGUGGGUCACCUGCGGCAAAGCCGACAACAACAUGCAAGGCAACAAGGUGUACGUUCACCCCGAGUCGCCCAACACCGGGGCCCACUGGAUGAGGCAGGAGAUCUCCUUCGGGAAGCUGAAGCUAACGAACAACAAAGGUGCUAACAACAACAACGCGCAGAUGAUAGUACUGCAAUCUCUACACAAGUACCAGCCCCGGCUUCACAUUGUGGAAGUGACUGAGGAUGGUGUUGAAGAUCUGAAUGAUUCCUCAAAAACUCAAACAUUUAUUUUCCCUGAAACGCAGUUCAUAGCAGUUACAGCAUAUCAAAACACUGAUAUUACUCAGCUCAAAAUAGAUCAUAAUCCUUUUGCAAAAGGCUUCAGAGACAACUAUGACUCCAUGUACACAGCUUCAGAAAAUGACAGAUUAACUCCAUCUCCCACGGAUUCUCCUAGAUCCCACCAGAUCGUCCCUGGUGCCCGAUACAGCGUGCAACCAUUCUUCCAAGAGCAGUUUGUCAACAACCUGCCCCCGGCCAGGUUUUACAACGGUGAGAGAACUGUCCCUCAGACAAAUGGCUUGCUCUCCCCGCAGCAGAACGAAGAGGUGGCCAGCCCUCCUCAGCGGUGGUUUGUUACGCCUGUGCAGCAGCCCAGUGCCAGCAAACUGGACAUGAACUCCUACGAGACGGAGUAUUCUCCUAGCACCUUGCUCCCUUACGGCAUUAAAUCCCUCCCUCUUCAAACAUCCCAUGCUCUGGGGUACUACCCCGACCCGACAUUUCCAUCCAUGGCAGGCUGGGGGAGCAGGGGCUCUUACCAGAGAAAAAUGACAACAGGAUUACCUUGGACCUCCAGAACGAGUCCUCCGGGUUUCUCUGAAGAUCAGCUUUCCAAGGAGAAGGUGAAAGAAGAAAUCGGCUCAUCCUGGAUAGAAACUCCACCCUCUAUAAAGUCUCUAGAUUCAAAUGAUUCUGGGGUCUACACGGGUGCUUGUAAGAGAAGACGGCUCUCCCCUAGCACUUCCAGCAAUGAAAAUUCCCCAACUAUGAAAUGCGAGGACAUUAAUGCUGAGGACUAUAGCAAAGACACUUCAAAAGGCAUGGGCUACUACGCAUUCUAUACUAGUUCUUAAAGCAUCCUUUUAUUCCAAUUGGCUAUUUUUUUUCAGGGUGGCCUUGGUUUUUUUGCAUUACAAUUGCCAAAAAGACUCUUGCCUUCCACCUUGAAUUGUUGUGUGCAAUUCUAAAGAAGGUGCCAAAGCUUUUUGACUGGUGCAGGUAAUGAAGUAGGGAAAGAGCAAACUAUGGUAGAAUUCUUCCCCUCUUUUAGAAGGAACCACAUGUGAAAGCUGUAAGCAGGAGUGUAGAUUUUUACAAUGUGGCUUAUUUAUUGGAGACACUAAAGUGUACAGUUUGGCUUGGCUCAGAAGCUUGAUGAAAUCUAUGCACUCCUGAGCAAUGAAAUGGGGGGGUUGGAUCCGAAAUCUAAUUUUCUUCCCUGCUUGCCCCUCUGAUAAAAGGGGAUGGGGUUGCAGGAAGCUGCACAAAUGCUAUGUUCUGCUUUAGACUGAGCUGGCUUCUUCAACCCUAAUCUGUAGCACAGUUGGCCGAGUCGGAUAUUGCUCAGCUAAGGCUUUCUUUGGCAGAAAGGUGAUGGCCAAAAUAAGGCCUGCUUGCAAGGCAGGAUUUUGACUUGAAGGUCUUGUGCUAAUGAUGGGGUUACAAUGACCAAAUCUGACUCUUAGUUUAGAACUUGCAUUAAAAAAUAAAAAGCCUCCAUCCCAAAAGCCUAACCUUUAUUGAGGUGGCCAAAAAAAAAAGUGUACAGUUGUGUUUUGUCUAGGUACACUGUAGAAUAUUGUGGAAUAAUGUAUAAAUAGUUGACCUCUAGCAGUUCAGUCAGAAGGACCUCCAGUGGUGCUUUGAAGUUCAAAAGGCUUUUUUUUUUUGGUUAAUCAAACUUAGCAUAUGGAGCAUUAUGAAAAUCAUGAACAGAUUUCUAUAUAUGUGUAUGUAAAGUGACUUUUUCAGCUGCCCUGUACAAAACUGGAAGUGAUGUAAUUUACCCACUCUUCUUGCCUAUAGUUUCAGCCAUUUUAAACUGAUCAGCUCUAGCGCACUGGCACUCAAAACUCCUCCCAACAAAACUUGG